CAAAGGAAGAAAGAGGGCGAGGCUUCCUGACCAGGAAGUGCAAUGCUCGACCGGUGUUGUGUGUUGUGUUGUUUUAUUUUGACGUGAUGGAGGAGGAAGAAUUUGAGUUUGCAGAAGAUUUGGAAGCUAUUUUACAUUUAACCCCAGAGGUGCAGUUAGCUAUUGAACAGGUUUUCCCCAGUCAAGACCCACUGGACAGAGCAGAUUUCAAUGCUGUAGAAUACAUCAACACAUUGUUUCCAACCGAGCAGUCAUUGGCUAAUAUUGAUGAUGUUGUAAACAAGAUUCGUCUUAAGAUUCGCCGUCUAGAUGACAACAUCAGGACAGUGGUGAGAGGCCAGACCAAUGUGGGCCAGGAUGGCAGACAGGCAUUGGAGGAGGCUCAGAUCGCCAUCCAGCAGCUCUUUGGCAAAAUUAAAGAUAUCAAGGACAAGGCAGAAAAGUCAGAGCAAAUGGUUAAGGAGAUUACAAGAGACAUAAAGCAGUUGGACCAUGCCAAGCGUCACCUCACUACAUCCAUCACCACGCUCAACCACCUGCACAUGCUGGCAGGAGGCGUGGACUCUUUAGAAGCCAUGACCAGAAAGAGGCAGUAUGGUGAAGUGGCCAACUUGCUGCAGGGAGUGGUCAAUGUGCUCGAACACUUCCACAAGUACAUGGGCAUACCCCAGAUUAGGCAGCUUUCAGAGAGAGUAAAAGCAGCUCAGAGUGAGUUGGGGACUCAGAUCUUAGCAGAUUUUGAAGAGUCCUUUCCUUCCCAGGGCUCCAAGAGACCAGGUGGUCCCAGUAAUGUGCUGAGAGAUGCGUGUCUGGUAGCCAAUGUUCUGGAUCCCCGUAUCAAACAGGAGAUCAUCAAAAAGUUCAUCAGGCAGCACCUCUUGGAGUACCUCGUACUCUUCCAGGAAAACCAAGAUGUUGCAUGGCUGGACAAGAUUGAUCGACGAUAUGCCUGGAUCAAGCGGCAACUGGUGGACUACGAGGAGAAAUAUGGACGAAUGUUUCCUGAAGAGUGGUGCAUGACAGAACGCAUUGCUGUGGAGUUUUGCCACAUUACUAGGACGGAGCUAGCCAAAGUAAUGCGGACACGUGCAAAGGAGAUUGAGGUGAAGUUGCUUCUGUUUGCCAUUCAGAGGACGACGAACUUUGAGGGUCUGCUGGCCAAACGUUUUACAGGAUCCACUUUGACUGACGCCCCUGGACACAAGAGACCAGAGAGCCCACUAGACCCCACUAACCCUUUCCUGGAGGAUGAGCCAAGUGAAGAUGUGGGAACAGAGAAGGCUGAUGAUCUGGCUAAGCCCAGGAAGCCCAAAGCUCCAGACAACCCUUUCCAUGGCAUUCUGUCCAAGUGUUUUGAACCUCAUCUGUAUGUCUACAUAGAAUCCCAAGACAAGAAUUUGGGUGAACUAAUUGAUCGCUUCGUUGCCGACUUCCGAGUGCAGGGACCCCCCAAGGCAGGCCCAGAUGAGGGCGGAGCCGUGCUGCCUAGCUGUGCUGACCUCUUUGUCUAUUAUAAGAAAUGCAUGGUGCAGUGCUCCCAGCUGAGCACUGGAGAGCCCAUGAUCGCCCUGACAACCAUCUUCCAGAAAUUCUUACGAGAAUACGCCUGGAAGAUCCUCUCUGGCAACCUGCCAAAGUCCAGCAGCAACAGUGGAGGUCUUACAAUCAGCAGCCUGCUGAAAGAGAAAGAAGGCCCAGAAGCAGCCAAGUUCACUGUGGAUGAGCUCUGCCUAAUCUGUAGCAUCCUUAGUACGGCUGAGUACUGUCUGGCUACCACGCAACAGCUGGAAGAGAAGCUCAAAGAGAAAGUUGAUAAAGUUUUAGUGGAAAGAAUUAAUUUGACUGGGGAGAUGGAUACAUUUAGCACGGUUAUCUCAAACAGUAUCCAACUACUUGUUCAAGAUCUUGACGCUGCCUGCGACCCUGCUCUUACAGCGAUGAGCAAGAUGCCUUGGCAGAAUGUGGAGCACGUGGGUGACCAGAGUCCUUAUGUGACAUCAAUCAUUAUGCACAUUAAGCAGAACGUGCCGAUUAUACGAGACAGUCUGGCUUCUACACGCAAAUACUUUACCCAGUUCUGCAUCAAGUUCACAAACUCUUUCAUUCCCAAAUUUAUCAACCACCUAUUCCGAUGCAAGCCUAUCAGCAUGGUGGGAGCUGAACAACUCCUCUUAGACACUCACUCCUUGAAGACCGUUCUGUUGGACAUGCCCUCCAUAGGUUCACAGGUUCUCCGCAAGGCACCUGCCAGUUACACAAAGAUUGUGGUGAAAGGCAUGACACGGGCAGAGAUGAUCCUGAAGGUGGUAAUGGCCCCACACGAACCAGCAGUGGUGUUUGUUGAUAACUACAUUAAACUCCUGGCAGAUGGUAAUCCUGAGACCUUCCAGAAGAUUCUGGACAUGAAGGGUUUGAAGCGCAGCGAACAAAGCAGCAUGCUGGAUCUUUUCAGGCAGAGAUUACCUGCUCCUCCCUCCGGGGCCGAUGGCGGACCCUCGCUUUCCUUCAGUGCCCCCACGCCGGAGCAGGAGUCCUCCCGCAUCCGCAAACUAGAGAAACUCAUCAAGAAGAGACUGUGAAUCCAUGCACUGAACACAGAGCAGCAAACUAGGAAGGAUUUUCUUUUUUCCCCUCCUCCCCAUUCAACGUCUUGAAUGUAAAAAAAAAAACAAAACAAAACAAAAAAAACUAAAAGUUACAGAAAGACAAACAAUUGACUGGUAUUUCUCUCUCUCUCUCUCCUUGAUAUGAAACUGAAGUAAUGUUGAAUUGUGAAGCAUCUUUCUCCACCACUGCAUCAUGUUGGCAUGCGUUUGCACAAAUCUGUUUUACAGCAUACACUCGGUACAUUGUCGCAAUAUAUUUGCACUUAAACGACUGAUUGUAGUGCUUUUAACUAUAUACUUAAGUAGAAUGACUUGAGGCAGCCUGAUUUCAACUAAAAAGUCUGUUUUCUGAAUGCAGAGUGAAAUGUUUAAUUUCAAGUCGGGAUACCAGUUUGAAUAAUCACUGCAAUCCAUUGAAGGCGGGCACGCGUCAUUAGUGUCCGGGGAGGGGUGUUUUUUGUUGUUGUUUUUUUCUUUUUCAUGGUGGCCUUGAGUGACUCACUGACUUACUGUUAAGAAUUCCCAAGUCCAGGACAAAGUGGAUCUUUGGAUUUGCUGAGUUCUCAGUGAAGACACGAGUCUGGUCUCUGUGUUGGCAUUUAAACCUCCCCGUAGGUUGACUUGCAAAUCACAAGCAGCUAGCUUAAAUCCUUUAAACUUGGUGGCUUCCCACUAGGGAGAGAAGAAGACAUGUACAAAAUGUGUACAUGUGCACGAUUGAUAUCUCAUAAAGCAGUUGUAAAUAUUAUUUGAUUGUUGAAAGCUCUUGUGUUAAAUUGCAUUAAUAUGAAUACAUGGUUGUGCUUCAGUGAGAUAAAGCUGCACACAAUGUGAUGUGCUUUUCUUAAUACUAACCCUGAUCUGUCCUCAGUAGCAAGAAGUACAUCGGUGUCUGGAAACCCGAGCGUGGUUUGAGGUUAUUCUUUGGUAACUCUUUACUAUGUUGUUGAAGAUGAAAUAAAUGUUAACACAUUUACUGUACACAUUCCUGCCACCAGGUGCAAACUGUGACUUGUUCGCAUCGUCUUAUUUUCCACAUGAAACUGUUACCAUUAAAACAGUUUAUCU